CGAUACUCGUUUGUACGGUGCGACAACGUUGAAACGGUCUGGCUGUAGUGCCUGAAAGCGUGUGCCGUUCCCGUGCCGUCCUACAGUGUAUGGAGCAGCAGUAACAACAUCGAGAACAACCACAACCACGCCAACAACAGCUAAACCAGCAAGGCAAACGCAGCCGCCAUCGUCGACUCGGCUCCUUUUCUUUGCUUUACCCGUUCUUUCACUAGUGUUUCAACGAGGUUUUUGCAACUGUUUUGUAACAAGAGUCACCGAGCAGUACCGAUAAAUUACAUAGAUAACUUGAACAAGAAUAACAUCUCACCAUGCAAAUCUUCGUCAAGACCCUCACCGGAAAGACCAUCACUCUCGAUGUCGAGCCAUCGGACACGAUCGACAACGUCAAGACCAAGAUCCAGGACAAGGAAGGAAUCCCACCGGAUCAGCAACGUCUUAUCUUUGCCGGAAAGCAAUUGGAGGAUGGUCGAACUCUGAGUGAUUACAACAUCCAAAAGGAAUCCACCCUGCAUUUGGUCCUGCGAUUGAGAGGAGGAGUCUACGAUCCCUCCCUCGCUAUGCUUGCCCGCAAGUACAACUGCGAAAAGGCCAUCUGCCGCAAGUGCUACGCCCGUCUUCCCCCCAAGGCCAGCAACUGCCGCAAGAAGAAGUGCGGACACACGGCCCAAUUGCGACCCAAGAAAAAGCUCAAAUAAAGAAACGAUCUUGUUGUCAAACUGCGUUGCAAAGCACGGCGGAGCUCAUCGGUCUGCGCCGUAUGUAUUCACUCACUGUGUGGGAUUGCUCGCAGGUGCUACGUUAUCUGCGUUGCGUGAGGUAGAAGUCCGUGCAACCAAGGAACCCUAAAACCCUGGGUUGGGUUCGAUGAUUCGUAGCAUAUCCCUUUUUUCUAACAAUAAAAAACAACUAAUUUACCACCCCAAGAAUGAAAUGACAAGAAAUUCAACCAAACCACCAAGGGAAUUAUUCGUGUACUUCGAGAGGCCGCUAAGGAGCGACUGAUGAAGAUGAGUGACAUGACACCCUGCUCCUGUCUCUCAAAAUGAAAAGUGCGCUAUGGUUCGCCUCAAUACUUUGGCCGUACUCUGCCCUGAGUUGAGUAGACGCAUGGCGAGACUCGUGAUGCGUUAUCUGUUAUCCGUCCAUUUGUUUCCUCCCCUUUCCAUUUAGCACCACGUCCCGCCAGUGCACUUAGUGUAGUGAUCGUGGCUGCCUCAAUUGAAGGACAGUUUUGAUCGAGUUUUUCUUCUCUUCGUCUGCUCAGUCGCCCAACAACUUCAGCAGUGGAAAUAGUAACAUCGUAUCAUAUUGUUGAUGUGAUACGUGCGGUUCGGAUGAGCUGCAGUGCAAACAGCGUUCCGACAGAUACUCAUGAGAAGAUUGUCGUAAGCGCAAGAUAAAAAAAGAAAACCUCGGUCUGGCAAGGAAGUAUCUAAGGAAUUAAAGGACGGCGUGAUUUUUACCGGACGAAGAUGCAGGUGUUCAGUGAAUUAUUAGCUAAUAGAAUUUGGGGUAACCA